AUGGAAUACAAGCCCCCCUCCACUGCGGGGGACCCGCCAUUACCAGGGGACAAUGGUAUUGAGAACAACAAUAACGAUGAGGCGCAUUGUGAACUGAUCGAUUCUCUGAAUCGCCUGACCCUGGCGACAGAGACACCAUUGCCUUUAUCACCUCGUCUUUCUCCUGUUCCAUCCCAUCCUCUCCCCUCUAGAUUUGUUCAAGCCGCUCGAGCUGUACCUGCUAUUCCUCUGCAGCCCAGUGAACCUGUUCAAGCUGUCUCGUUACAAUCGAAUCAACCUGUGCAAUCUGUCCCACAAACAGCUGGUUCUGUUUCUGUUCGAGACGAACGACACAGGUCAAUUGCACCGCUACAGAAGCAAAGGUCUGUUGCAUCUCUUCGUUCGGUCUCACAACCGCUCAAACCUUCAUCUCCAACUCCUGGCCCUUCACGCCGCACAUCAUUCACCUCUGUGGGGUCGCCAGCCACCGCAGCCUCAGCCGCGAUGCCCCCCACACGCCUUGUCAUCAGCCCGGCUCCAGAAGCUCUAGUUCCGACUGCUUUGUCUGUCGCUGCUGCGCAUUUCUCAAAGGAGCUUGAAUUACACCGGUCUGGUGAUGUCAAUACUAAAACUGCUGUUAUUAUUCAUGACGACUGCUAUGGCCAUCGCUACUCCCAGCUUGAGGCGCCAAAACGAACUAUCGACAGCAUUGUCGAAAGACCAGAGCGCAUUCGCGCCUGCGCUGUGGGCAUAUCUGCAGCCUAUGUCCGCCUCGGCUCUCGAUAUGCGGAAGAUCUCGCUGCAAAUCCAAGUUCGGACUUGGACGAGAUUGAUGUCCCUUUCCAAAUUAUCAAGACUGAUCGCAAGGUGCAUCUGUCUGAUACUGCCGUUACAGAUGUUCAUGGAACUCAAUGGAUGUCAGAAUUGAAAUGGAUGGGGGACCUUGCAGAAUCACGUCUCAUCAUGGAUGGAAACGAACUUGCCAGACAACGGACGGAGGCAGACGACGGCCUCGGGACAAGUGGUCCUGCCCUGAAUGCCAACGACCUUUACUUAUGCUCAGAGUCUGUGAAUGCCUUCCAAGGAGCCCUAGGGGGCGUCUGCGAGGGAGUGGAUCUCGUUUUCAAGUCUGGUCCGAUCCAGCGCGCAUUCGUCUGCAUUCGACCUCCCGGUCACCAUUGUUCAGCUAACUUCCCUUCCGGCUUUUGCUGGAUCAACAACGUUCAUGUCGGGAUUUCCCACGCAGCAACAACUCACGGUCUGACCCACGCUGCGAUCCUUGACUUCGACCUUCACCAUGGCGAUGGGUCUCAGGAUAUUGCAUAUGACCACAACUCCAAAUUACUCAGCAAAACACAAAAAGCUGACUUGGCCAAAACCGAUGCCACGAAAUUCAAAGAGUAUGAAGACGCUCCUCCGUACAGCAAAACAGCUAUCGGCUACUAUAGCUUGCAUGACGUGAACUCUUUCCCUUGCGAGAAUGGUGAGCGUGACAAAGUCAUGGGUGCCAGCCUCUGUGUCGAAGCACACAAUCAGUCCAUCUGGAAUGUUCAUCUCGAAGAGUGGGCCGAUCUCGAUGAGUUCUGGAAAUUGUACCGCACAAAAUACAAUGCAUUGCUCACCAAAGCCCGCUCAUUCCUACGGCAACGUACAAUGGAACUCAGUCAAGAGCGGCAAGUGAAUCCGAAUUCCCCGCUGCCCAAGGCAGCUAUCUUCAUCUCUGCCGGGUUUGAUGCCAGCGAGUGGGAAGGCAACGGCAUGCAACGUCACAGCGUGAAGGUGCCGACUGAAUUCUAUGCCAGGUUCACGGCGGAUGUAAUCCGCAUGUCGCAAGAGGAAGGCCUCGGUGUGGAGGGGCGCGUCGUCAGCGUCCUCGAGGGCGGCUACAGUGACCGCGCGCUGUCCUCCGGUGUGCUCAGCCACCUGUCAGGUCUGAGUGAGAACUCAGAGUUCAGAAGUGAGUGGUGGUCUCAGAGUAAUCUGAGAGAAUUGGAUGCCAUCAUGGCUCCAACGCCCAGCAAAGGGCGCAAGAAGAGUGCUGCCACCUACCUGACAGCCACGAAAUCCUUUGCGGCAAAGGUCGUUGUCCCUGGGAGAGACCGGAGGUCCACCGGGGACCUCGAUGCCAACAUCCCUGCCGCCCCUUUGCCAGAAGUGAGCUGGGCGGUGGCCACCGGGGAGCUCUCGAAGCUCAUCAUCCCCGAUGGCCGCCAGACCCGGAGCUGCCGCCCGGCAGAGCUGAACCGCCAGCGCCGAGAGCAGAGCGCCCAGGACAGGGGUCUCGACCUCAUCAUCCCUGUCGAGAAGGGGCGCCAGUUGCGCGCGCGCAAGCCCAAGGAGUCGGGCCCCGUGCCCACCACCCCACGGCGCCAGGCCCGCAAGGGUCUGAAGACCCCCAAAACCGCGGCCGCCGCCACGACCCUCCCUGCUGCCUCCCGCGAGGCCUCCCCGUCUGUUGGUGCCUCCCGUCGGAAGAGCACCAGUCUGACGCGUGCGGGAACUCCGCACCGGGGUGUCAGCCCCCUGGAUCUCCCCCCGGUUCCACAGGUUCCAACUUCCGUGGGGGGAGUCAGGGGGCGCCCCCGCAUAAUUCUCAACAUGCCGGCGCAGGAGCCCGCUCGUGGCCGCAAGUUGUCCGGCGGUGCGGUUGACCACCACCGCCGGGGUCGAAGCUCAAAGUCCCCCAAGAAGGGGAAGAAGAAGCGUGGGAGCAACUCCGGCGGGAGUUCGGCUGCUUCCGCCGGCAGUUCUCCCCCAGUCGCGGCCAAGGAUGCCGUGAUGGAGGGUGCUUAG